UCACAGCGCUGUAUCACCACUCUUAAAAGGCUAUCGCAGCCACUCCUAGCACCAGUUGCUGACCCGUCUGCCGCCUUGCCUCUCUGCCUGCUCCUGGCUGCCUUGAAUGCCUGGUUCUUCAAGCUCCCUUUGGGUCUGACAAAGCAGGGACCAUGUCUACCUUCGGCUACAGGAGAGGACUUAGCAAAUACGAAUCCAUCGAUGAGGAUGAACUCCUUGCGUCCCUAUCAGCUGAGGAGCUGAAGGAGCUCGAGAGGGAAUUGGAAGACAUUGAACCUGAUCGCAACCUUCCUGUGGGGCUAAGACAAAAGAGUCUGACUGAGAAAACCCCCACGGGGACAUUCAGCAGAGAGGCACUGAUGGCCUAUUGGGAGAAGGAGUCCCAAAAACUCCUGGAGAAGGAGAGGCUGGGGGAGUGUGGACAGGCUGCAGAAGACGACAAAGAGGAGAGUGAGGAGGAGCUUGUCUUCACCGAAAGCAACAGCGAGGUUUCUGAGGAGGUGUACACUGAAGAGGAGCAGGAGGAGCAGGAGGACGAGGACGAGGACGACGAGGACGAGGAGGACGAGGAGGGCAGCCACGAAGAGGAAAGCGCGACUGAAGAUGAGAAAGAGAUUAAUGGAAAUGUAAAUUACGAUAGUGUCGAUUCUGACAACUCAAGGUCAAAGACUUUUAAAAGUCAAAUAGAAAACGUACACUUGACCAACGGCCACCGUGGGAGGAACGCAGAGCCGCCGGCGGCCGUCCACCGCUCCGGGAACCCGACGGUGAUAGAGGACGCCCUGGAGAGGGUCAAGAACAACGACCCCGACACGACGGAGGUCAACCUGAACAACAUCGAGAACCUCACCUCGCAGACGCUCGCCCGCUUCGCCGAGGCCCUCAAGGGCAACACGGCGGUGAAGACCUUCAGCCUGGCCAACACGCACGCGGACGACAGCGCCGCCCUGGCCAUCGCCGACAUGCUCCGCGUCAACCAGCACAUCACCAGCGUCAACAUCGAGUCCAACUUCAUCACGGGCAAGGGCGUCCUGGCCCUCGUGCGAGCCCUGCAGUGCAACACGGUGCUCACGGAGCUGCGCUUCCACAACCAGAGGCACAUCAUGGGCAGCCAGGUGGAGAUGGAGAUCGUCAAGCUGCUGAAAGAGAACACGACGCUGCUGCGGCUGGGCUACCACUUCGAGCUCCCGGGGCCCAGGAUGAGCAUGACCAGCCUCCUGACCCGAAACAUGGAUAAACAGAGGCAGAAGCGGAUGCAGGAGCAAAGGCAGCACGAGGGCCCCGACGGGGGAGCCGGCCUCAGGACCGCCGCCUGGCAGAGAGGGACGCCGGGCUCUUCCCCGUACGCGUCCCCCCGGCAGUCUCCCUGGUCAUCCCCGAGACUCCCCAAGAAAGUCCAGGCCGCGAGGAGCCGCCCCGCGUCUCCGCCGCCGCCGCCCCCGCCGCCGCCGCCGCCUCCGCAGAGGCUGCCGCCGCCCCCGCCGCCGCCGCCGCCGCCGCCGCCCCCCCCACAGAAGAAGCUCAUCACCCGGAACAUCGCCGAGGUCAUCAAACAGCAGGAGAGCGCCCAGCUGGCGUUACAAAAUGGACAGAAAAAGAAAAAAGGGAAAAAGGUUAAGAAACAGCCAAACAUCCUAAAGGAAAUAAAAAAUUCCCUGAGGUCCGUGCAGGAGAAGAAAACGGAAGACAGCUCCCGCCCGCCCACCCCGCAGAGGUCGGCGCACGACAGCCUCAUGGAAGCCAUUCGGGGGAGCAGCCUGAGGCAGCUCCGGCGGGUGGAACUUCCAGAUGCUCUGCGAUAAAAACACAGUCUUUAGAAGAGGAUGCAGAAUUAUUCACCGGUAUUAAAUAAAAUGCAUUGUGAGAUGUUUCUAAAAUACCUUCUUCAAUUUGCAACGUUCUCUGUCUUUAAAAAUAGCCUCGCCCAUUAAUUCCAAAGAGAAUUUUAAGAAACAAUCAGCAUGUUUCUUCUGUAAAUAUGAAAAUAAACUUCUUUUUUAUGUCAU